GGGAUGUAGCUUGGCCCCAAGGCAGGUCUCAUGGCCCCUGGCUUCGGCAGUGGAAGCUUGGCCUUUGGCGAGCAGCAGCCGCCACAACGGCGGAUCAAGGAAUGGAGCCCUAUCGAUCGCAUGCUUGCAGAGAAGGGCUCGAAGCGAAGGUCUAAGACGGAGUUACCACCGCUCAGCCCACCACCACCUCCACCAGUGACAACUGCUGAGGUACAGGUGCAGACAGAAAGCUGGGAAGUUCUCCUGAAGGAGGCUGUAGCUGCUGCCCUUGUUCCAGAGCAUGAGAAGUACAAGGCUUUGCAGGCUGAGAUCAGAGCAAUGCAGCAGCAACUCAAAGAGAAGGACGAAGAAAUCGAGCGCGGCAAGCGGGAAAUCGAUCGCUGCAAGCGAGAAAUUGAGAGCUGCAAGCGAAGCGCUGCAGAAGCUGUCGCAGAAGCUCAAAAUACUCACACGGCAGAGCUGGCGCAAUACUUGGAGGAGAAGAAGUCCUUAGAUGACUUCAAGAGAUUGGUGGAGAAGCAAAGGUUGCAGUGGUCACAGGAGCGUGAUGCCUUGGAGGCUUCUCAGAAUUUGCUGCGUGCAGAGCUACAGUCAGCCAGAACUGAAGCCAGUGACGAGCGCUGGCAAAAGGAGGAGAUGGAGAAGGACCUCUCUUCUCAGCUUGAAGCUGCCCGCAAAGCUCGGGCAGAUUGCCGUGAAGAAAUGGACGCCUUGCAAGAUCAAUUGCGGCGGACCCAGGAUGAUAUGAAAUCCCUCCAGAAGCAGAUGGCUGCCUUGAAAGAGGAACACCGAGCUGUAGCCAAGGAACGAGAUGAUCUUCUACAGCGGCUGGAAGAUGAGCAGGCGGAAAUGAUCGCCCGCGUGGCUGCUAUGGAAGAACAGCUGUCAAAGAGGGGCAGGUAAAACAGCUCCUGAAUUGACCAUGAAACUGUAGGAUACUGUAGGAUACAAUUACUGUACAGUUACAGAACCUCCACGUUUGGACGCGGCUUGCCCGGUAUGGUGCAC